ACAUUUCCGUCCGGCUUUUGUCCGCUCCGGCGCGUCUCGCUCCCGAGCCUGGAGUCGGUCCAGGCUCCGAGUUCCCCGCCCGACUUCCACAAACAUUCACACGCACAUAUUCCUCCCUGACUGUUGUUUCCUCCCUCACCCCGCCAUGUCCUCCACCGUCACGGAGACGGACCCGUCGGCGCUCGGUUCCCCGCUGACGCCGCUCCAGCUGGUCGGGCUGCUGUGCGUCUUUUUUGCGCUCUGCCUGGACGUGGGAGCCGUGAUGAGCCCGGCGUGGGUGACGGCCGACGACCAGUACUCCCGCUCCCUGUGGGAAUCCUGCUGGAAGUCCCCGAGCACCGAGACCUGGAACUGUAGCAGCAUCCUGGACACAGACUGGCAGGUUGUCACGCUGGCCCUGUUACUAGGGGGUGGAGCCCUGGUGCUGAUGUCCUUUCUGGUAGCCUUGGUUGCCGUGUGCAUUGGAACAAGACGGAGGUUCUACGGUCCUGUUGCCUUCAUGCUCUUUUCUGCAGUUCUCCUCCAGACCUGCAGCCUGGUCCUCUACCCCAUCAAGUUCAUCGAGAAAAUCAACCUGAGGAUCUAUCAUGAAUUCAACUGGGGCUACGGCCUGGCCUGGGGCGGGACCAUCUUUUCCUUCGGAGGGGGAGUCCUCUACUGCCUCAACCCCAAGAACUACGAGGAGUAUUACUAACGCUGGAUCUCGCUUGGUUCGGAGAAAACUUGAAGGCUGAUGGAUGUGUGAAGGGUUUUACUCAGUGGGAAAUAUUGAGUGUUGUAUUCCACCAUUAAAGUUUAUUACCACAAACCAUGAACUUGGGGGACAAAACUACUCAUCAACGGCGGCUGGUGGGCUUCUGAACUGAACAGAGAUUCUGAAGGUUGCACUGGCUGAUCGUUUGGAGAGCUGCCCCAACAAAGGAUGGUUGUUGACAGCUUUGCCUUCAUUCUUAACUUUGAUACCUGCUGUUGUAACAACUCAAGCUCACGACAUGUACACAUGCAACCCUCGGACUGGUCGCCGUUCAAAUGUCUUCUCCCCAUUGUCCGGCUCCGUCAGCGGAUCAUCAUACUCACCUGCUUUUGUUUUUCAGAGUUAUCAAAUUCCACCAGGAUUGCGAGUGGAUAUCACCUGUGACGCGGGCUUAAAAAACACCCCCCGUGAAUAUUGACCCACUUGUCUGUUGCCAUGGGAACCCACAGGGACUGCACAUGCAGCUGUCGUGAUUAAUUCCCCAAGAUUGGAGUGAUGAGACAGGACAGGAGUCGCCUUGAGGAACCGUCUAAAUGUUGGUUGUCCAUCGGUGUCUUUCUAAGCAAUGUGUCAUUUUGUGUUAUCAGUCCUCUGAUUGGUACAGUAGGUCCUGUUUUGUUGGAGGGAAUGUUGUCUUCAAACACCACAUCUACCGUGUACAGUGGCCAGAUUUGUGUGCAAAAUA